CUCUCUCUCUCUCUCUCUCCCCCCCCCUUCCUCCUUCUCUUGUGGUGUCCCCCACUUCCACUUGCUCCCCUCCGCCUCCUGGACCCCCCCCCCCUCUUGCCAUACCGCACUGGCCUUUUUCUCCUUCGCACGGGGCCGAGUAAAUGUGCUGAUGUCGCCGCACCUGGCCGCCAAGUUGGCGGAUGCCGGCGCUGCCGGGCCGGCGACCCCCUCGGCCGGGGGGGCACCGGCCUCGAAAAACCAGUUUCGCGCGACCAUCCGCGAUCCCCUGGUGACUCUGGCGCAGAUCGUGGCCCUGCAGUGUGUUUUCUACGUGGCCUUCGGCCUGUGCGUGGCGGUGCUGGCAUUGGUUUAUGGGUCGCUGCUGGGGCCGAGCCACGCCGGGCCGUGGUACACCGCCACUCCCGGGGCCACCGGGGCGGGCCCCGGGGGCCGAGCCCUGACCGCUGGCCUGGAGUUGGCUUGGCUCUUCGACUCGCGGGUCAUGCGUUUCAGCUCGCCGCUCGGGUGGCUGGUGGCCUUCGCCCAGCUGGCGGCGUGUGCGCUGAUUUCCAUCACCUUCCCUCAGAUCGUUGAGCGAUCCAAGAGUUGUCUGGAUUUCGUGGCCACCAUGUACAUCAUCCACAUGGUGGCGUGCUUCCUGUUCCCGGCAUCAGCGCUCGGGCCGCCUGGAACACCAUUGCGCGGCCCGCCCGGGCAGAUCAUCCUCCCGGGCACAUCGUCCGGGUCGUCGUGGGCCUCCUCCUCGACGACCGGGCAGGCCGGGUUGGGGAUCGGCCACACGCUGUUCAUCUUCCCCAUCUCCGGGCUCUGGUGGGCCACGGCCCUGGUGGGCUUGGUUGUGUGCACCCUGCUGGCGGAGCGGCUGUGCAUCGCGCGCGAGCUCGAGCCCAUCAGCUUCAACUCGGCGGCCGACCAGCAUGGCAGCGGCUCGCCGGUGUAGGCCCCGGCUGCCGCAUGCUUGUGCCUUGCCGCGGCUGGUGUGGUGUGCGUUGGGUUCCUCUCUCUCUCUCGCGCGCGAGGGCCGGACCCGUGUCGGCCGGCCCCUCUUCCUCUCCUGCGCGCCGCAUUCUCACCCGUGAAAUGGCCCGACACGCUGGCUGACCCCCUCCUCAGUUCGCGGUUUCCCUCUUCCCCCCCUCCCCCCCUGUAAUAUAUGUCUUCCUACUGUGAGCCUGUGAGCGG